CUCAUCUAAUAUGAAGCGCUGAUAGCAAAAGAAACACAUGCCAAUCAAUAUCUGACAAAAACAAUACAGAAAAUCCCACCCGUGUCGCAAUAAUACUUAAAAAUCGCAACCUUGGGACUGCUUUCUGACCGAAAUUUUCACGAUGGUGAAAUUCGCUUUGAUAGAUUCAACAGGUUAAAUCAACAUGGCUCAAACUCUGGAAGCUAUUAAGUACGAAAAUGGUGAACUUUACGUUCUAAACCAGCUACUCUUACCACAUGUCACCCACUUUGACAAAGUAUGCACUAUUCAAGAUGGACAUGCUGCCAUCAAGGAGAUGAAAACUCGAGGUGCUCCUGCUAUUGCCAUCGUCGCAGCUUUGUCUCUUGCCGUUGACUUGCGAUCCCGCUCCAAUCAAGGAGAAUUCGACUCUGCUGCUUCCGCUGUAGAAUUCAUUAGAAAUUCUUUGGAAUACCUCAAGACAUCUCGGCCAACAGCGGUCAACUUGUUUGAUGCUGCCGGAAAACUGUGGCGUACUGUAGAACAACGUGCACAAACUGCAACAAAUCAAUUGGAUAUUGUCGAUACAUAUGUCUCCGCCGCCGUCACUAUGCUUGCUGAAGAUGUCAAAGAUAACAAGAAUAUUGGAUCGCAUGGUGCCAAAUUUAUUUUGGAAAACUCAAAGAGUUCUGAGGUCAGUGUUUUGACCCACUGCAACACAGGAUCGCUUGCCACUGCAGGCUGGGGUACCGCACUCGGCAUUAUUCGUGACUUGAACAAGACAGGAGCUUUGAAGCACGCUUAUUGCACUGAGACAAGACCUUAUAAUCAAGGAUCGAGAUUGACAGCCUAUGAGCUUGUCUAUGAACAAAUACCCUCCACUCUUGUGUGCGACUCCAUGGUGUCAGCUCUGCUUCGACAAAAUCCCAACAUUUCUGCUAUUGUAGUCGGUGCUGACCGCGUAGCUGCAAAUGGUGAUACUGCAAACAAGAUUGGUACUUAUCAAUUAGCUAUUACCGCCAAGUACCACGGUGUUCUCUUUAUUGUCGCUGCUCCAACGACUUCCAUCGAUCUCAACACGAAACGUGGUGCGGAUAUUGUGAUUGAAGAAAGACCUUCUGCCGAAGUCGUUCAGGUUACUGGAGCUGUGGUUGGAGGAGAAGUAACUGGCAAUGAAGUUCCUAGACAAACAGUUCAAGUUGCUGCUAAUGGUAUUAAUGUUUGGAACCCAAGCUUUGAUGUAACACCUGCCAAUCUAAUCUCAUGUAUUGUGACCGAGAAAGGAGUCAUAGUUAAGAAAGACGGAGCAGAGGAAUUCGACAUUCCUUCCUUCUUGUCAACUCUGUAAUUCGUAGACAUUUCAACUAGAGUUCAAUAAUUAAAUAUACUUUUGUUAUCCGCAUUCCU